AUGCAGCAGCUUCCUUAUCCGCUCCAGGGCUUUGGGUUUCAGCAGCAGCCUUUCAAUCUGCAGCCACAGCUGCCCCUGCAGCCCCAACAGCAGGAACAGCAGCAGCAGCUGCUGCAGCAGCAGCAGCAGCAGCAGCAGCCACACGAGCAGCAACAACAGCAGCAUGAGGAGCCACGAUUGCAGCAGCCUCAGCAGCAGCAGCCGCACCACCACUUGCACCACCACCAUCACCACCUACGACAGCAGCAGCAGCAGCAGCAGCAGCAGCAGCAGCAGCAGCAGCAGCCUCCUCACCGUGACGCGCUGGUGGGCAUGGUGCAGAUAGCGGGGGACGGGCAGCCCGACCCCCAACAGAUGGCGGAGGCCGCCAGGCAGGCGCUCGCGCAGGCAGGGUGGCCGGCGGGCAUCCGCUACCGCCUGCAGCCCGCCGCGCCCGGCGUCGCGCGCGUCAUCGCUGAACUGCCCGCGGGCGCGCCGCCGCCGCGCGGCGGCGCCGCGCCCGGCGCCGCGGGCGAGGGGCGGGGCGGCGGGGCUCGGGCGUUCACGCUGACGUUCAGCCUGAGAGGGUUGCUGGGGCUGGCGCUAGCUGCUUAUCAAUGCUACCUGGCCGUCACCCUGCUGUAUGAGCACUCAGCAAUGCGGUGGGCGGUCUUCGCCCUUGCCUGCUUCGCGGCGGUGCGGGCCCUGCGCAACUGGCAGCAGGCGCGCGAGCGGCAGCAGGCACUGCGUGCGCUUGCCGCCGGCGACACCGGCCUGCCGGCGGCGCGGGGCGCGCUGCAGGAGGGCGUGGAUGUUGUGAUUGCGUUUCUGACGUCGCUGCUGCCCGGCCGCGCCGACGGUGGGCACGGCGCGCCACGGCCGGCGGGGGCAGAGUUUGCUCUCUUGCAGGAGAUGUUGGACAGGGAGGCUCAGGCGGCGGCGGCGGCCAGAGCGGAUGCGGGGCCGGAUGGCGGGGGUGCGGAGGGCGGGCGCAUGCGGCAGGGCGAGGAGGAGGAGGAGGCACCGGCCGUGCAGGGUCGCCAGGCGUAG